AUGCGCUUCCACAUUGCGGCCCUUCUGGGCGUGGCCCACUUGGCUUUUGCUGCUCCGUUUCUGAAUGGGUCGACUCGCCGUCUUCCGGAUGGAAUGCCUAAUCCAAGCCCCAGUGAGCUGGAGACGAUUGAGUUGAAUGCACACGGAACUCUGCCAAACGGACCUCCUCCCGUUGGUAUCAGCGAAGGCGGAAUCACCAACCUCAAGCUUAUCGCAUUCAACGAACUGUUUGAAGUUGCCUUCUUCGAUCAACUGAUCACAAACAUCACCGACAAGGCCAUGGGGUAUCGCUUCACUGAUGACGAGGAUUAUGACUUUGUUUUGAACGGCUUGAAGGUGAUUCUGGCUCAAGAGGAGCUCCAUGCCCUGGACGCCAACAACGCCUUGGCCCAUGUUGGCAUUGACCCAAUCGAGCCUUGCCAAUAUACUUUCCCGGUUCAUGACUAUGAUGCAGCCCUUUUGCUCGCCACCACAUUCACAGAUGUAGUUUUGGUAACCCUCCAGGACGUCGUGGAGAGAUUUGCUCUCGGCGGUGACUUCGCGCUGACACGCGGGAUUUCUUCCGUUAUUGGCCAGGAGGGAGAACAGCAGGGUUGGUUCCGCGUCAUGCAGGGCAAGGUCCCUAGUGAAUUGCCUUUCUUGACGACCAGUGAUCUCAAUUUUGCCUUCACUGCUAUUCAAAACUUUGUCGUGCCCGGGACUUGCCCCAACAUUGACUCCAUUCCGCUUAAAACUUUUGCACCUCUCAACGUCAUCACGCCCCCGGCCGGCGAGACCAAAAACAUCAAGGUUUCCUUCGAUGAUCCCGAUGGGAUCGAUGAAGACACGCUGUGGCUCACUUAUAUCAAUCAGCGGAAUCUGCCGAUCGUGGAACCUCUCCGAAUUAUCUCGAAGGAAAACGGCACGAUUACUGCAAAAGCUUUGUUCCCCUAUGAGGCACAUGAGAUGAACGGCUUGACCAUCGCCGUGGUGACCAAAACCGAGGGACCAUUCCCAAAUGCAUACAGUGUGGCGAACGAAACUCUCGCCGGACCUGGCCUUUUCAUCAUCAACUAA